AUGCGUUCCAGCGGGUAUGUGUUGUCCCAUAUCACUUUGUCAUUCAUCUGCUCUUUGCUGACCGAUCAAAAGACGCAGAGGCCGCGUCUUUUCGACGCAUGCGAUGACUAUUGCGAUCACGAAGACGCUUUCGAUAUAGCACGCUUGGAAAUGGAGGAGAGCUAUCGGUACUUGAAGGGACUAAACACAUUUCUCAGUAACAGCAACAAUUCCUGGCUCAAGAUCUUCCGCGACACCGUCCGUGUAGGUACUCUCGUGGAGUUCACUUUCGACAUCAACACUCAACAUCCCACUAUCUUCAUUCGCUUCCCUCAAGGUUGCGCUCCUAAAGGAUUUCAUUUGAAGAACAUGUACAGCUGUUCUCUAGUCCUUCUCGACCGCUUAGGUAUGUUGGAUCUCGAGCACUACGAGCUACUUGACUAUGUUAUCAGCGAAGCAACUGGCAAAUAUACGCGUCAUGUGGGCGAACAUGGUUUACAGGUACACUACAACCAGAUUCACUUUGAUGGACGUACCAUCGCCAGCUGGAAGAAAGGGAAGGAGGCUAAGGCAUCGACUCCCUAG